AUGGAGAUGCCCUUAGCGAAGAAGGCAACUCCAGAGCCGUGGUCCACUCAUCUGAUGCCCUUGACUAGCAAGUGUAUUGGGCAUAAAGACCGGCAAAGGAUUCCACAGAUCGUUGCCUCUAUCCAGUUCCAAAAGCUGCGAGGCCCCUUCUCCACCAUCAGACCUAGUCCUCCAGCGCCCGAGGAGCCUAUUGCUUUGUGCAAGGGUUGUCGACGACUGGUCCGGGGAUUCUGUUCGCUACCCCUUUUGGAGUGGGGAUUCUGAGCAGGAGUGUUAUGAACAGGAUUCUGAACAGUGGCUUUGCUAACAGGCUGAACCCCAGCAGCUGUCAUUAUGGAUUGCCUCCUCCAUAGGUUUCGCCAAAACCUCCGACAUAUGGUGUCAAAUGUGGCAUGGAACCUCUCUUCUCAGCUUUGCGUCGAAGACUGUGUGGUGUGCUAGGCAGGAGUGGCCAUUUUAUUCAGGCCCCGUGGGAACCUUCUACACCCGAAUCACACUGGAGCCGCUUGGAAG